AUGCAGUUCUCCCUCUCCAUCAUUGCCUUUGCCAGUGCCGCUCUGGCUCAAACUGCUCAAAUCGGCUUGCCUACUGAGGGCCAGAAGGUCACUGCCGGCAGUGAGAUCAUUGUGCAGGUCCAGCGUCCCAAUUCUUUGACCAGCUCGCAGGAGAUGGCCGUUGCUAUUGGCAUCACCUCUUGUGGCGAUGCCUGCCAAUCACCUAGCGAUGUCCUAGGAAAUGUUCUCUACAACGGUGCUUUCAAGCCUGUAUACCACGAGAGCUAUUUAGCCCCAUACCAGAACUUCAGCGUUAAGAUCCCGGCCACUUUCGCCGCUGGAUCUGCUCAAAUAAAUGUGGCCCAUGCCACCCUGAUCGGGGCUGGACCGGAGCCUUUCUUGGAGACUUUGAAUCAAACCAUCGUCGUUGUCUAA